UAGUUUUGCCAAAAUAUAAUUAUAAAAAAAAUUAAAAUAUCACACUGAAUAGGCCAACAUCACCAGCUGCAGCCUGCAAGCACAUGAGCAUGGCCCAUUUCCAUUGGUCAGGAUCUGUGUUUGGUUUCUUAUAAAUAGGAGCCAGCUGCUCCCACCCUUUUUGAAAAAAUAUACAGAGAAACAAACACCAUGGGGAGUCAAAUAAAUGUUCUGUUCCUUUUGAUUACUAAUGUGGUAAUGGUGUUAAGUGCUUCUGGUUCUACUACAGAUGACAACUACAUCUCAGUGGUUGGAGAUCCCGGAAUGAGAAGAGAUGGGCUCAGAGUGGCCUUUGAAGCUUGGAACUUUUGCAAUGAAGUUGGCCAAGAAGCUCCACACAUGGGGAGCCCCAGAGCUGCCGAUUGUUUUGAUCUCACAGGUUCUUCUCUUAAACACAAGGUAACAAAAGAAGAUAACAAACUUGGAGUUGGGAUGCCAUUCUCUGGGUUGAGUCCAGAAAAUGCCAACAAUGUAGACCUUUACGCAGUACAGAAAGAGCUUUAUCUGGGUUCUCUAUGUGAAGUUAGAGACACCCCAAAGCCAUGGCAGUUUUGGAUGGUUAUGCUUAAAAAUGGUAACUUUGACACUAACUCAGGUUUGUGUCCGGCUAAUGGGAAAAAGGUCGGACCCUUUAGCUCAACUAGGUUCCCUUGCUUUGGGAAAGGGUGCAUGAAUCAACCCACCUUGGUCCAUGAUGAGACUGAGUUAUUUGGUGAAAGCAUGAGAGGGGGUUUUAAUGGCACUUAUGAUUUGGGUUCUGAGCCUGCAAAGGGGCUUGAUGGGAUUUCCUUCUAUGAGGUUAUCUGGGAAAAGAAAGUUGGAGUUGGAAGUUGGGUGUUCAAUCAUAAACUCAAGACCUCAAAGAAGUAUCCAUGGCUGAUGCUGUACCUCAGAGCUGAUGCAACUCAAGGAUAUUCUGGUGGAUAUCACUAUGACACAAGAGGAAUGCUUAAAACGCUACCAGAAUCACCAAAUUUUAAGGUGAGACUGAGUUUGGAUAUCAAGAAAGGAGGAGGACCCAAGAGCCAGUUCUACCUGAUCGACAUAGGCAGCUGUUGGAAGAACAAUGGCUUAGCCUGUGAUGGUGAAGCUUUAACCGAUGUUACCAGAUACACUGAGAUGAUAAUCAACCCUGACACACCAGCUUGGUGCAGCCCCACAGGUUUACAGAAUUGCCCACCUUACCACCUAACACCCCAAAACAUAAAGAUUUACCGUAACGACACAGCCCGCUUUCCAUACUCGGCUUAUCACUACUACUGCGCACCAGGCAAUGCCAAGCACUUGGAGCAGCCUGUGAGCACUUGUGACCCUUACAGCAAUCCUCAGGGGCAAGAGAUAGUUCAGUUGCUACCUCACCCCAUAUGGGGUGACUAUGGCUAUCCCACCAAGAAAGGCCAAGGUUGGGUGGGUGACCCCAGGACAUGGGAGCUUGAUGUGGGUGGCCUUUCGAGUAGACUCUACUACUAUCAGGAUCCAGGGACCACUCCAGCUAGAAGGAUAUGGAGUUCGAUUGAUGUGGGGACUGAGAUUUUUGUGAGUGACAAAGAUGAAGUGGCAGAAUGGAGCCUAAGUGACUUUGAUGUUCUGCUCGCUACUCCAAAGUCCUAGUCUCAUUUAGUAUUUUAUAUAACAUAAUAAUAGAUAUAUAUUCAUAUAUAUUGGAGCCCAAAAAGAAAGCCCGCAAGGGCAGGGGCAGGGUGAGGUUAAUGUUUUAGUUUCUGUCAUUAAAAUCAUCAGAAUUGAUGUGUUAAACAAAAUUAAUGAUAACAAGGUCUGAGGUUGGAAUAGCAUAUAGCAAUUAAUAUAUAGUUUCCUCAACUUAAAAAGAAAAGAAAAGAAGAGAAGAGAAGAGAAGAGAAGAGAAGAGAAAAAACUAUAUAUUUGGUGUCUUCCACAACCAUUUGAAGAUAAAUACAAACUAACCUACUAUCGGACUGGGACUGUGGAGAUGUAGAUGUAGACAUAGAGAGUACUACACUUUUGAGUAUAGCUAGCAGAGCAUGUGGGGGGAUGUCACCAAAGUCAAAAGUGGAGUAGGAAGAGGACGAGGGAGGGUAUCCACUGUCCACCGAGGCACUGAGCAGUGUCCAAUUAAGUAAAGUGUUGUUCUUCAGCAAAAAAAAGAAAAGAAAGAAAGUAAAGUGUUGCUCACGGACGAGUGAAAGUGAUGCCAAAGCCAAGUAAAGCCAACAGCUCAUGCGCAUGCUUGCCAUUGUAUUGUGCUCUUCUUCUUCUUUGGGUUGGCUUUGGCUUGACUACUCAAUUCUCAAAAAGAGCAUGUGCUUGCUUUGUUUCAUGUCUACAAUUUUCCAUGUUUUUGUCCUAAUAUUAAUGUUUGGGCUCUCAUUUCAACUAAU